AUGAAGAGCGAUACAAAAUUGGACCUUUAUGAAAUUCUUGGUGUGGAGAAAAAUGCUAGCGUGAAGGAAAUUGCGAAGGCGUACAGAAUACUGGUGCUGACGUAUCACCCGGAUAAGUUUGCCGCCAGGAGGGGCAAGGUGCAGGGGAAGGGCGAGAUAAGCGAGGAAGGAAAAGGCGAGACGGGCGCGAAAGGGAAAGGCGAGACGGGCGCGAAAGGGAAAGGCGAGACGGACGUGAAAGGGAAAGGCGAAACGGGCGAGGAUGAGAAGAACGGAAAGCUGGACGUACUUGAAAAAGAAACAGUGGACGAGGAGGAAAACGAUGGAGAGGAUGAAAUUGUAAAGGAUGAUGAGGAGGGCGCUGCACAGAAGCGCGAACAGGAUACAGACGAACCGCUAACCUUGGAAAAGUGCAAGGAAAUGUUUCUUCAAAUCCAGAAGGCUUACGAAAUAUUGAGAGACCCGGAGAAGAGGAAGAACUAUGACGAGUUUGGCCUGGAGGAUGACGAAUAUAGCGAAUUUAAAAAUUAUUUAAAUCCCAAAUUUUUUCAUGAAAGAAUUAAAGUAGAGGAUAUACUAAACUAUGAAAAGAAAUACAAAAAUAGUUUAGAUGAAAAGGAAGACUUGAUCGAAUUUUACAACAAAUUUAAUGGAAACCUGACCCACAUUUUGGAGUACAUCCCAUUCAGUGAGGAGGCUGACCUGACCAGGUACAUAGACAUAUACAAUAGUUUGUUUAAAUCCAAGGAAAUUAAAAAAACACCUGACUAUGACAAGUCGCUAAAAAAUAUGAACAACAUUGUUAAGAAGUAUGCCACCUUGAUGAAGAAGGAUUCACGAGUGAGUAAAAAAAGGAAGAGUUCUGCGCCCCCCCUUGACGAUUUGGUUUUGGCGAUUCGAAAUAAUGAAGCAAAGAGGACGUUAAAAAUGAAUACCCUGCUUUCCAACAUCGAAAAGGAGUAUCAGAAAAAGAACCCCAAGAAGAGAAAGGUCAAGCCGCCCACGGAGGAAGAGUUAAACGAAAUUAGCAAGCGCCUCGAGGAGAAUAAAAGGAAGAACGCCGCGUCGAAGAAGUUGAAGAGAGGGUGGCGCGGUGAUGGGGCACCCCACCCCAACGCGCUCGCGCCAGGGGAAAAAAUCACGAAGCAUCAGCUUUGCGAAGCGUCAACAUUGUGA